AAACGACAUUAGGCUCGAGGUUUCCAAGAUGGCGGGGAUUCGCUGUGAGACGAUUCAGUAAGAGAACAUGCCACCGUGAUGUUGUUUAAAUAUCAGUUUCUACUCAUUCAUGGAAUUUCACAGUUGUUAUUAUCCAGAUGUACGUGGUUUUUUGACAAUGGAGACCCAAACUUUUUGCAACUUUCUAAAUCCCGUAAAUUUUUUACCAAUACUGGAAAAGUUGUUGAGAUAUCAAAUGGUUCCAUGGAGGCAUUCAAAGACUUGCUCAGAAAAGACAAGAUUACUUUUGUACUAUUUUAUGCACCCUGGUGUAGUCAGUCAUGGAUUGCAGCCAAAGAGUUCAAUAAUACUGCUGAAGUACUUUAUAGAGAGGUAUCCUUCAUCGCCAUUAAUUGCUGGUCAGGCACUUGUUCUCUACAUCAUAAACUGGAUUUGUAUCCAAAAUUAGUAGCAAUCCACUCACACUUUGAUGGAGUGGAGUACAAAGGAGUACACAAAACAUUCAGAAUGGUUGCAUUUCUUCAAUCUGUGAUCAGACCAUUUAUGUACAUAGGUACCAAAGCAGAACUUACUUUGGCAAAGCAGAGACAGGAGCUUGUCAUAGCUUAUUUCAACCAGACUGCACUAGACAGUGCACGAUACAGUACAUUCUUCAGUUUGACAUUGCAGUUUGUUGCAAAAGAGUCCAAGCCUUUGUUCCUUGUUUUGACAAAUGGCAAGCUUGCUUCUGAUGCAGAAGCUGAUAACAGUGGAGUGUCUUACCAUUGUCUUAACAAGGCUGUUAUAAAAUAUCCAUCAAAUUACAACUUCUCACAUGAGAACCUCACCAACUGGAUUAAUGCAAACAGAUGUGAGCUUGUGGUUCAACUUACCCCUACUACAGCUUCAAAAAAGAGUCUUAUGCAUCAUCUCAGUAAAGGAUCGGCUCUUAUUCUAUUUAUACCAAUGAAACUUAACAUGAACACAAGUAAUGUGCAUCUGCUACACACAUAUAGUCAUGCAGCAAGUCAGUAUUAUAAUGGCUCAUGUGACUUUGUUGCAUGUAACUCAAAUAGCUCUUCUGAACAUUCUGAAGAAGCCAUUGGAAUAUACAGAACUGCAGAAGAAUCAAUACAGUUAAAUGUGGACCAACUAACUGCAAGAAAUGCACACCAUAGAGGGCCAUUCACUGCUAACAGUAUAGGCCAAGGAAAAUUCAAUUUUGUCAGAACACCACAUCAGCGGCUAUAUUGGAAUUGCCAGUCAUUUAAAGUUAAAAAACCGGGUCAUCCCCUACAAAGCAAGAGCUUUAGUAUCUGUAAUUUAUGCCAUACAUGUCUUGAGCAUGGCCUUUGUUUAGAAAGGAGCAUCUUCAGACCACCAUUUUCUGUUAAAGAUCAUACUCUGUCAUCUUUACCCUCUUUUGGUUAUGGCUGCACCUCUUUUAGGCACCACUACUUUGUACAUUUUGUUACAAGCAUCUGCUGCACUCCCAAGAUGGGAGAAACUACUGAAGAUGUGUCAUACCUUAGACAAAGCGAGUUUCCACAGCAAGCGUUACAAACACAAAUAGAUAAUAGUGUGAGUGGUAUUGUUGAGGAGUUAGUGAAUUCUGUUACCCCAAAAUCGAAAAGAUCUUCUACAAAAGGUGUUUAUCAUCAGUUGAUUAAACAGGAUAGCUCAUCAACUGAUAUUCAUGGGGAAAUGGGAAGAAAUGUCUUCCCACUGUCUUCAUUUAUGGAAAGGAGCUUUGAUUCCUUUCAUGACAACUGUGGACCAACAGACCCAAUAAGCAAGUUCGCUGGGGCAGGAUGCACUAGCAACCGAUCAGUAAAUUUUUUUCUUGUGGAUUCCAUUGAGCACUGGACAGUUGCUGAAAGACUUGGUGUUAGCUGGACUUCUGAGGAAAAGAUUGCUUUAGUUAUUGCUGAUUUCAAGAGCAAUGUUCAGUUUGUCCUGGAUAAGAACUUGGAAAUCACGAAUUCCUCAAUUGUUGAGUUUAUCAUGGCCUAUAUGGCGGGAAAUCUAACAAGACAUUUAAGAUCUGCUAGUGUUACCUCUCGUAGCUGUCCACAAUCACAAGCCUGUGUAGUUGAGGUUGUGGCAUCAAAUUUUGAUGAAGUGGUGUUGGAUGAAACCAAGGACGUUUUUUUAUUAUACUAUUCUCCAUGGUGUGGUUAUUGUCAAGCACUGGGGCCAGUUUUACUGACUGUGGCAAGAUUUUUCAAGAAGCUAACAGGUGUUACCAUUGCAAGGAUUAAUGCAGACCAAAAUGAUCUACCGUGGAAAUUCCAUGUAAAUCACUACCCCUCUUUCCUUUUCUUCCCAGCUCACAGGAAAGACUUGUCCAUUCGUUUCCCAGACUCAUUGGAACGAACGUCAGCAAACAUAAUUAAUUUUAUAUUGAAUCAUGGAUUAAAGGAGAGAAGUGGAGCUGAGAAAGCAUGUUUCUCUGAAAAAGUAAGAAGUGAAAUCAGAGAACUUGAAAAAUCACUUUGCCAAGUAGAGAAGGAUAAACAAUUACUCGAAAUCAGACUUGGGGAAGCACUUCGAACAAGAGAACUAAGAGGCAAUGCACAAGACAGAGUCGCUACGCACCUGGAACAAGAGUAUCAGGGAAUGGAAGAAAAGGUCCAUAAACUGGUGAAAGGAAGCAAAAAAGUUUUAUAUGAUCUUUGGGCCGCUGAAACUAAACUGAAUGAAAAAGGAAAGGAAUUAAGUGGACUGUCAUUUGACAAAAGGCAUUAUGAGGCAGAGAAUGAGAAGUUGUCUGAAAAAAAUAACAAGGAGAACGUUGCGCUACUUGAACAAAGUAAAGUGUUAGGAGAGCUUCAGAAAUCUUUAACAGCACUGAGAAGAAGAGCAACAUACCUAGAAAUUUCUAACAACAUUCUUCGAAAUAAAUUUAGAAAGUCGUUCUCAGAAGCUCACUACCCAAAUUAUUAGAAGCUGAAAUCAUGAGAGGGGUGAUCGACUUUGAGUGACUUAAAAAAAUGAGAAUGCUUAGUCACAUAGUUUUAAGUCCAUCAAUGUCAUGUUUACAUUUACGUACAUCAAUAUCAUGUUUACAUGCUGAAGCUGAGCUACAAGUUUUCAAAAAAGUUAGUGCAUUUUUCAGAGUAGAGAGUGAAAUGCCCUGGUUGGCGCCAUAUUUUGAUAACCCAGUGGUUCUAUUUUGAAUUUAUUUAUGUAAUGCUGAUAUGAUUAUUUUGGCAUAACCCUGUUACACCAAGGGUAUUAACAUGGUAGAAUUCCAAAAUAGCUGAUGGAGAUGUCUGAUGUUGUUUUGUUUUGGAAGAGUUUCAGGUUGCUUUCUUACUUUAUUAGUGAUCAGUUUGUUGCGACCCAGUACUUAAACUCCACUUUGCAUAGUUUAUUCACAUGGGUAUAAAUUGUUUUGAAACCGUGAGAAGGGUGAUCGACCUUGAGUGACUUAAAAAAAAGGAAAAUGCUCAGUCACAUAGUUUUCAGUCUUUCAUGAUGCGAAGAAGAGCUUAAAUGAGCCAUUAUUUUAUAGUUUACUCCUGAUGAAGUAAAACUAAAACCCGUGAGAGGUUUCCAGGCUGAUAUAUUAAAUUGACAUGCCUGUGAUAGGCUUGCGGGCAUGUUAGGACUUAUUAGCAUCACUGUGGUUCCUUGAAAAUUUUGCAGAACAAUUGUCCAUUUUCAUGGUACGGCGGUCUGUAUUCUUAAGCUCCUUAAAUGUUUUUGCUUGCAAUAAUGGAACACAAGCCUUAGCUUUAAUGUAGGAACCAAACCCCAGUAGGUGAAAGUAGGCGAAAAAAAAAACCCGAAACGUCAAACUAA